AAGAAGAAGAUCUAUCGCCUCUGCCGUGCCUUGCUGACUGAGCGUCAUGGCUGAACUGAGUGAGAUGUACCAAGCAUCCCUUCGGCCACAUCCUCCGUAUAAACCUUUGCCGGAUGAGACCGGCUUCGAGGACUACUUUUCGCCGCCGCCCGUUCCGCCCGACGACCAGGGCAACUACGGGCCCUACUACUACUACCCUCAGGUGUUCGCUCAGCCUCCUCCUCCACCACCUACACCCCCUGCUCCGCCAGUUCCCUACGGGUAUAGUGGGAAAAGCCGCGCCAGUAAAACUCAAGGCCGCCCCUCCACUGCCUCUAAUCAAGCCAUGUACAGCUUCAUAGUGUACGCCACGCUGGUCCUCAUCCUCCUGUUCCUCUUCACCCUGAUUAUCGUGCUUGGCUUCGCCGUGGCAGGCAAAUAUUCGCCGCUGGGAAAGGGGCGCCGGACGGAGCCCGUUCCGACCGGGUACUCGACGCGUCCGUCUGAUAACCCUGGGCUCAUGUGGUGGGCCCCGGUGGCGGGACCCUCGAAGAACAAGAUGGCAUCGGCGUCGCUUCCACGCCGUCGCGAUGGUGACGAGGGUGACGGCGCAACUUGAUGCCCGCUGUGUCUUGUUUUCUGCGCGCCCUUUUAAUUUAUUUAGGCUUAUCGCUUUGACGAAUAAAACCUCCCAUACUCUUUGCUAUAGCA